AUGUCGUUCCUCGGUGGCGCGGAAUGCUCCACGGCGGGAAACCCCCUCACACAGUUCACCAAGCAUGUCCAAGAUGACAAGUCUCUACAGCGUGACCGGCUGGUCGGCCGGGGGCCAGGCAUGCAAGAAAGCAUGCGAUCUCAUGGUAUGAUGGGCGGACAAGACCAGAUGAAUGAUUUCAUGCAGCAGUCCGGACAACAAUUAAAUGGACCCUCACCUCAACCAUUCGCGAUGGAGCAGAUGCGCCGGGAGCUGGAGAACUUUCAGGGUGCCACACCCCGCACGGGGUCACCCGGGUGGGCAGCCGAGUUCGAUACCGGCGAGCAGGCCCGCAUGGAGGCUGCGUUCCCUGGUGCACAGAUGAACAACGCAUCUGGAUUUGCGCCCGCGGAGUUUGCACGAUUCCAGCAACAGAGUCGGAUGGGCAUGCCGCAGAAUUCUAGCCCUGCUACCACCGCCACCCAGCCCAUGAUGUCGGGAUACCAGCGACCGAUGGGAGCGAUGGGUGGCAUGUAUGGCGGCAUGGGCGGCAUGGGGAUGAUGCGGCCUAUGGGUGGUAUGGGUGGACCGAUGAUGCAGCAGCCUAUGGAAGGCACCGCACAGGAUAAGGGCAAGGGACGAAUGGUGGAGCUCGACGAUCAGAACUGGGAGGCACAGUUUGCUGAGAUGGAGACGGCGGGUAAUCAGGAGCAGACGGACGAGGAGGCCAAUGCGGCCAUGGAGGCGGAAUUGAAUGAGUUGGACAGGUCAGUGCCCACCAAUGAUGCCUUUGAGUCCGUGUGGGAACGAGUUCAGGCUGAGACGGCGACGAACAGAAAAUUGGCGCAAGAAGACGAUUUCGAGGUUACUGAUAGUGUGCAUGUCGGGGAUUUGGGUGACUGGGAGGGCUUUGAUAGCCUGAACACACGCUUCCGCGAUCCCCAGCUCGGUGACUACAUGUUUGAGGAAGACAAUGUGUACCAGUCCGUGAACAACCCAUUCGAAGAAGGCGUGAAGAUUAUGCAAGAGGGCGGUAACCUGUCUUUGGCGGCCCUUGCGUUCGAAGCUGCAGUUCAGAAGGACCCACAACAUGUGAAGGCCUGGACAAUGUUGGGUUCGGCACAGGCCCAGAAUGAGAAAGAACUGCCGGCAAUUCGGGCUUUGGAGCAGGCACUCAAGAUGGAUCCCGGUAACCUGGAUGCGUUGAUGGGUCUGGCUGUUUCGUACACCAACGAAGGCUACGACUCGACAGCAUACCGGACCCUGGAGCGCUGGUUGUCUCACAAAUACCCGUCGAUUAUCAACCCGAACGAGGUAUCCGGCGAUGCAGACCUUGGCUUCACAGACCGUCAACUCCUGCAUGAACGUGUCACAGAGCUUUUUAUCCAAGCAGCUCAACUUUCCCCAUCCGGUGCCCAAAUGGACCCUGACGUCCAAGUCGGUCUGGGUGUACUGUUCUACUGUGCCGAGGAAUAUGAAAAGGCCGUCGACUGUUUCUCUGCUGCUCUGGCCUCCACUGAAUCCGGCACUACCAACCAGCGUGAGCAGCUUCACUUGCUCUGGAACCGUCUCGGCGCGACCCUGGCCAACUCAGGCCGCUCCGAGGAAGCUAUUGAAGCCUAUGAGCAGGCCCUCACUAUCAACCCCAACUUCGUGCGCGCCCGCUACAACCUUGGUGUGUCCUGCAUUAACAUCGGCUGCUACCCCGAAGCUGCACAGCACCUUCUCGGCGCUUUGUCCAUGCACCGUGUGGUCGAACAAGAGGGCCGCGAGCGUGCCCGCGAGAUUAUCGGCGGCGGUGGAGCGCCCGAUGGCCUGGAUGAUGAGCGCCUUGAGCGCAUGCUUCACAUUAGUCAGAACCAGAGCACGAACCUAUACGACACGCUGCGCCGUGUCUUCAGCCAGAUGGGACGUCGGGAUCUGGCUGACCAGGUCGUCGCCGGUAUGGACGUGAACGUUUUCCGCAAGGAGUUUGAAUUUUAG